ACAUUUUAUUUUUGCUUGCUUAAACCAAAAUUCGUACUUUUAAUUUUAUACUCUUAUAUGUGGACUUAGUUGUAAUGAUACGUAUUGUCCAUUUAUUUGUUUAAAAUAUGGAAUUUUAUUUACAACAUAAUUAAUUAAUUUCAUUUCUACAAUGUCUAAACAGAAUUUAGAAGUUCCAAUUUUAAAGUCAUAUCCUCAUCACAACAUGUUAAGUUACUGCGAAAAUAGACCAAAAUAUAGACAAGGUCGAAAACUUACAGCAAUUAAGGUUUACACGGUGAAUGAUGAGUCGCAACAUUUGUUGAUCAGAGGUGUGCCAUCUGUCAAUUUACAUGAUGAAGUGGAAAAGUUAUGCAAGCGUUAUGGUAAUGUAUUAAGUAUUCGACAAGUUCAAUUUGAAGACCAAGAAGAAUUUACUCAUAGUUUUCAUGUGAUAUUUAUCCAGAUACAAUCUGCCAGAUUUGCAAAAAAACAAAUAGACACAAAAAAUUUCUUUGGUGGUAUUUUACAUGUUUGUUAUGCACCUGAACUUGAGUCCAUUGAGCAAACUAGAUCAAAACUACAAAUGAGAAUAAUAGAAGUCAAAAAACAUAUUAAUAAAAUUGGUUUAAAUCAUGCCUUUAAGAAAGAAUCAUCUGCUUUAUUACAACAUGAUMUUUCUAGCUCAUCUCACGAUUCAAUGUUGCAAAGCUAUAAUUCUAAUCCUCAAAAACAAAAUCGUUGGCUCGAAGGAGGUCUUAAGUGUUCGUAUAUCAUACCAAAACCUGAACCUUUAUUCACUAAAAAAGAAACAAUAAAAAAUAAAUCCAAUAUCAAAGAUUUAACACCAUUAGAUUCAAAUAAUUUGAAGUUUGUUCCUAGACAACUGCGUGUACCACAUCCAGAAUCAAAAAUUAAAAAACCUAAUCGUAUUAUAUUCCAUUGACAUAAUAACUAUAGAUACAUUUUAGGAUUAAGUAUUCACUAUGUAAAUUAUAUAAUCUCUAUUUUACUAUUUUCUUUUAAAAUUAUAUAUC